AUGAAAAACCUGGGGUUUGAUAGCGUCGCGCAUGCUGUCGACCUCCAGAAGAAUGGUUCGCAGCCGCCGGCGUCGCCGGUGAGCAGCAUAGCGUCGAGCGCGGUGACGGCGCGUGAAGAGGACGACGCCGUGAGCGUCGAGAGCGACUUCUUCAGCGACGCGGCCAGCGCCUUAGUGAGCGUGGACGAGGGCGCCGCCGCCGUGGACUGGCUGCCCGUGCUCGACGAGGCAGCACCUCCAACUACAGCCGCCCAUGCUGAUCAAGCUGCUGCCGACCAAGUUGCCGCCGGCGGUCAAGAUGCUGACGCGCACCAAGCUGCCGAUGACCGUGCUGCUGCCUCCACGCUCGCCGUGCCCAUGCCCGGCAACGACCAGACGAGCGAGCCCCAGAGCUCACGCCUGCUCGGUGCCGCCGCUGUCAGUGGCAACUCCGAAACAGCUCCUGCUGCCGAUGAUGCCCCGCCGCUGGCCACGCUCUCGGUCUUCGCGCACAACGCGACCUCGUUCAGGUGCAUCGCGUGCGCCUUUGCAGCGCCGCAGAUUGCAGACCUCCACGCUCACAGCUGCCGGCAGCACCGCGGCACCACAUUCACGGACGUGUUCCAUGGCGGAUGCGCCUGUGCCGCGUCGUUCGCCCAGCGGGCAGCGGCAACGAGACACAGCCUCCGCUGCGGAACUGCGCCAAGCGCUCUGGGCGCCGCGCGCCCGACGCAGCAACCAGCACCUGCAGACACAGAGGCGGCUGGAGGAGGGCCCACGGUGACAUGCCGUUUCCUGACGACGAAUGCCUCGCCGACCGAGGCAACUGCGCCGCUGAGUGGCAACAAGCGCCGACGUCUGCACCCUCCGGCAGCGUCGACUCCAACUCAAGAUGGUGACAUGGAAUUGCGUGCGACGGACGCAGCGAGCGCGUGUAAAGCUCUUGGUUCGGCGCCAGCACUGAGUCCUAGCUGUAUAGCCCUAUAA